ACGUAUUGUGUGCGUGUGGUAUCGGCCACGGAACUGAAGUUUAGUCCGCGCCUCGGGAUUCGACACGGCUCCUGGGUGUACGAGUCAGCAGUAGAAUAACGCAGAGAGAAAUCGUUUCGUUGAAUUCAAAAGAAUCAAAAGAAAAAAAGAAAAGGAACAACAAAAAGACGAUAUACAAAAGUCGGUUCAAGUAGUGACUUCUUUCGGAUACUGUAUUGGAGUAAUCUUUUUUUCCUUUGCGAUGCUUUCAUUGUCGUUCACCGUGUCGAUUCUCGACGUCGAUCGCUCGUAGAUCGUGUCGCUGCGUUCGAAGGUGCGAGGAAACACGGAGUGACCACACGGAAGGAGUGAACUUAUCUUAUUUGGUGAAAUUUCGAGGGAAACAUACGAUUAAAAAGAGACAGACAGUGCAACCGCGAGACUGAGAAUAACAGAUAGAAAGGCGACAGAGAAGGAGGCAGUAAGAGAAAGAGAGAUAGAGAGAAAAACGGAAGAGAGUUACAUUAAACGUUGCGUACUAUGUGGGACGUCGCGUCGAGUGACAUUCUAGCCUGGAGACAAAAUGGGGCCCGUUGAUCGGGCCCGGAAGAUCUCAGGGGUCCGAUUAUCAACGGAGGUAUGGAUGUCAUCGGGGACGGGGACGAGCAAACCCUCCAGGCGAUUCUCGGUCGGGGCGAUUUCGUCGGAGGCAUAGACAAUGAGGCCCUGGACUUCUCGCAAUUGGAAGAUUUCAUCAACAGCGACAGCGAACAACCCGCCACAUAUUUCGCUGAUACAUUGGCGCAUAAUGAGAACGGGGGUGGAACGACGACACACGGUGGUCGUGUGGAGGCGGCAACCACUCAACAACCACCGUCUCGAUUACCAUCGCCGAUUACCCAAAGUCAUCCGGCCUCGAGUACGUGCACAUCCGGUACCACCACUGUACCAAAUGGCGCCGCUUACAAGGAUCCGCAAUCGUACGUUCACCCACAUGCUUUGCCAGAAAGCCCACCGGACAGCGGCAGCGAACCACCGUAUUCUCCGCCAGGUCACAACGACACACAACAUGUACAUUCACCGCAUCAAAAGGUAGCUCUUCAGGAGAUGCUUCUUCAUCACCAAGGCAAUCAGGCAAAUUACGCACCAAAUUUACUACCGUCCUCCCCGAGGACUUUAACAUCCUCCACGGAUUCGAUGCUGCUAACUCAUACAGUGCUGACGUCUCACCUCGGCCCAGGAACGCCGAAUAUCCAAUCGCAACAGCCGAUAGGUCAGACUUUAGUACCUCUGCCACACGAGCACAGUCCUGGUAACAUGAACACGUUGUACUCGUCGUUACAAUCGGCACCCAAGAAGAGAAAAUUGAGCCAGGAUGGUCUUGUCCAUGUGAAGCAGGUGCAACGAGAACCUGAACUGGGUACCGUGGAGCACAGUUGCAGUAGCAGCAGUGCAGUUCUCGAUGGCGACGAAGUGGCAGACAAUAGCUAUAUAGAUGCCAGCUAUCAGUGCAUCCGAUUUCAUCCCUUUCAGCAAACUUCCUGGCACGUUCUAUGCGAUCAUAAUCUGAAGGAACUUCCAGUUCCUCAUUACCGAGUAGACGCGGACAAGGGAUUCAAUUUCAGCAAUUCCGACGACGCGUUUGUGUGCCAGAAGAAAAAUCACUUUCAGAUUACUUGCCACGCUCAGCUCCAAGGUGAAGCUAUAUUCGUUCGAACCGGUGAAGGUUUGAAGAAGAUAAGCAGUUUUCAGCUACAUUUUUACGGCGUCAAAGUUGAGUCUCCGACGCAGACUAUCAGAGUGGAGCAAAGUCAAAGCGACAGGAGCAAGAAACCGUUCCAUCCAGUGACGGUGGAACUAGGCGGCGAGCGUGUUACAAAAGUAACCGUUGGCCGUCUUCACUUCAGCGAGACGACCAGCAACAAUAUGCGAAAGAAAGGGAAACCGAAUCCGGAUCAAAGAUAUUUCCAUUUAGUUGUUGGCCUGCACGCACACACCGCUGACCAAGCCAGCUAUCAGGUGGUAGCUCAUGCGUCUGAAAGAAUAAUCGUCAGGGCAAGCAAUCCUGGCCAAUUCGAGUCGGAAGGCAGUGGCGUUGGCGCUGAAGGUGGUUGGCAAAGAGGAGCAGCACCGGAUAGCGUUUACCAUGCCGGCCGAGUUGGAAUUAACACGGAUAGGCCUGACGAAGCUUUGGUUGUCCAUGGCAAUAUGAAAGUGACUGGCCAUAUUGUCCAACCCAGUGAUGCACGAGCGAAACAAAACGUACAGGAAGUGGACACGCGUGAACAAUUGCGAAACGUGCAACAGUUGAGAGUAGUUCGUUAUAGAUACGCGCCAGAAUUUGCACAGCAUUCUGGUUUGGGUAUCAAGCAGCAAGAAGACACGGGUGUCAUAGCGCAGGAAGUGCAGCAGAUACUACCGGAAGCUGUGCUGCCAGCUGGAGACAUUGUCCUUCCAAAUGGCCAGAGAAUCGAAAACUUUCUAAUGGUGAACAAGGAGAGGAUAUUCAUGGAGAAUGUUGGUGCUGUAAAAGAACUGUGUAAAGUAACCGAUAGCUUGGAAACUCGCAUAGACCAACUGGAGCGAAUAAACAAGCGGCUGGCAAAGCUGAAGAGGGGCGAUAGUCUGAAAAGUUCGAUUAGUACAAUCUCUAGUAUAUCAAGUAACAAAUACUCAUCCUCUAUCAAUAGUAAAACUACCGUACAAGGUAAAGGAAAGAAGAGCGAGCGGGAGGACGAACUUCUGUGCAGUAAUAAGUUUAUCCAGAUUAUCAUUGUUAUACUUAUCCUUAUUAUGGCGUUUUGCUUAGUAGCAAUGGCGACGUUAUACUUCUUAGAAUAUCAGAAACGUAGCAGCCUCGAGUGGACCGCGGUAGCUAGCAAUGGAAUGUUGGCUAUAAGACCAGUUCAUCCGUCGACAGCGUCGAGUACGCCUAAUUACGAUCCUCGUUACAAUUCGUUGUUAGAUAGUACAUUGUCGUCUUCGUAUACCAAGCACGGAUCCCAUAGUAGAGGCUUGGACAGUAGUUUGUCUGUGAAAACCAACGCGUUCUCCACGCAGGCGCCUCAUACGAAACAACAGCUUUACUCUCAAGAAAUUACUUGGUAUCCUAUUAGUCAUUCUGGACCGCAACCAAAACUUGAGAAAAAUAGUGAAUUUCCUGGAAACUGGUUGGGUAGACAUGGCGCCGGUGCUAUUCCCAGUAACGUGGAUGAGAACGAUCAAGGAUCGGAAGUGGACUCGGCUUUGAACAAAGGUCCAAUUCCACUAGGUAGACCGUUGAAUUGUCCCAGACACUUUAGCGAGUUUGAAAAUCCCUGUCAGAUAUUCUGUUGUACAGCCAAGAUUCAUCAGUUCGAGGAUCCUCAACCUGAUCAUCCUCCGGAGAAGAAAUCAAUCUCAGAUCACAUAGAACAGCCAUUGAACGUGUACGAAGAGAAGCGUAAAAUAAGCAAAAGUUUCCAGAAUGGUAUCAGCCCGUCUGAUCCAAGCACGCAGACACUUGUAAAAGAAAACAAUUACAAAUAUCUGCAUAAAAGAACAAGGAGAGAAACCGGUAGUGGAGAUUGGGCGGAAGUUGCCAGCAAUGCUGCUGGAUCGUUACCACCAGAACCAAAGCCACAGUUGUGGAUAGUGGCAGAAAGCUUUAAUACUUCGCUCGAUCAAAAGUAUUGUUCCGCGUCCUCGCAGGAUACGCCGAAUAAUAUAUCUUGCAUCAUUCCUUUGUCCAAGUAUAUGCCAGAUGUUCAACUCACGUUACAUUUUAUUGGAAUGCCUUGGUACGGUCAAGUAGUGCAACAGUGCUCCUCGCCAACAAGUCCUGGCGUCGAUGAGUCUCUAAUUUGUGGCCGGAAAUACACGAUGCAACAGCAAGCUCAGCUGAAGAUCGACAUUGAAAGUAACAAUCAACGGGGAGAUCAAUCCUUCCCUCUCGAUGUUGCUCAUUAUCUCAGGAGAACGUUGAGGUUUCGUGUACCUACUGUACAGCCGCAAGAGAAUAUCUGCAAGAAUAAACACGGUGUCGAUUACUCGGAGUACACGUUGCACUUUUAUCGAGAUUGCGACGAAUGAUUACUCUCUUAACGGAAAAAGAUUCUAUCCGUUGAACAUCUAUGCAGUCAGGACCUUCUUGUGCCUUCGUGACAUAUUCCGUCUCCAUUUUCUCCAACUAUGAAAUUAUAUACAAUGUGUUUGGUAAUAUAUCUAUAAUAUACAUAUCGUCAAAUGAAUCUGUAACUGUAUUUUAUAUGUUAUUACGAUAUACUAUGUAGGAUGAAGACUAUGAUGAUCAAUAGGAACGGAUAGAUCUUACAAACUCAAGCUAGAUGUAAUGUAGUAGGACUUAGAAUUUCCAUUUCAUCGGUUAGGAAAUUAUACGUGCUCCUUUGCGUUAAAGACAUUGAGGGUAUAAAGAAUUCAUUAGUUGAUGGGUGGUAAUUCAAAGACUUUAUUAUUUCUCUUGUUGUAGAAAACAUGAAAAGCGGUAGCGAAAGUAACGUUAUUAAGUGUAAAAUAUUGUACAAAAUGAAUUAAAUUUAACGUUAAAUAUGAAAUUUUUCAACUUGUAUCAAUACAUAUAUGCCUAUUAUCUCUUUUUAAAUCAGAAUGAUUUCAAAAUCACACCCAUCAACUACAAUCAAGGAUCGUAACGUAUCGUUCCAAUCAUUUUUACGUUAUUUAUACUCAUGUACAGAAUAUUAUCAAUAUUAUUACUAUUAUUAUUAUUAUUAUUAUUAUUACUACCAUUAUUAUUAUCGAAGGAAUAUUCGCACUACAUUAAGAGGAAAAAUCUAACGAUCGAUGUUCCAGUCAAAUCAUAUCUUUGGUUUAAUUUAUCGAUUAUAUUCUAUGUACAGCCUAUAUAUUUUCAUUCAUUGCCGAUCUACAUAUUUACUAUCUAAAAACAAAACGUAUCACGUAGAAAAAUAACAAACGAUAUAUUCUCUAAAAAGUAAAAUGGACUUUACAAUGGGACAGAAACUAGGAAGACCUUCAACUAAACGUGAAUAAUUUAUGAAAAAAGUCUAUUUAUUAAAAAUGUACAAAGCAAUAUCGGUCAUUCUUUAUUAAUUUUCUUCUUAAGAUCUUGAUGUUGCACGAUCAUAAAUUUCAUUUGGAUACAAUAAACAUUCACGAGGCGCGUUAUCAUAGAAUUUCAAGUUCCUAAAAAAGGUAUUUGUAUGAUAAUUGUCCAUUUCGUAUGGUAGAAUUAGUUGCAUACACUUUAUUUGCACCUACUCUCUAAGCAAUCUUUAUUCGUUGCAUGCGAGUAGAUCGCCGCUAUUCACAUCGAAUCAUUAUUAUUGAUAUCACUAUUAUUGUUGCUAAUUACAAUACCUAAUAAGACUACUAUCAUCGUUACGUAUCUGUAAUUAAAUUCAAGUUAUAUCUUUGCAUUCGCGAGAUUCCAAGUGCUAUCCUAUAAUUAGUUACUUUACUUUUAAACAUCUUAAAACAAGAGGAAGAAAUAGUUAUCUAUUGGCAUGCAGGAUGUUAAAAGACGUUGCAGUCAAGUCUUUUAAAGGCAUCGAAACAAGCAAAAAAUCUUAAUAAGCAAAUAGCUGCAAGAAUACAAAGUUUCAAAGUUGUACUAUCUUUUAAACUACUAUUUUAAUAAGUUUUAUCUUCUAACAUAAUAGCAGAGCUUUAUUGGCUGUCUACGCUUGUAAAACUACAACGACAUCCUUCUAUUUACUAUUGCCGAGUGACAUCAUAUGUUUGUCUACAAUUAUGUAAUACUAGUUGUACUAGCUUAUUUUAUUUGAUUUUGUAAUAAGCGAACAGUCGUAAUAGCUCGCUUCGGAUGUUUUAAACAUCGACCUAGUUAAGUCUGUUGCUCCAUCAGAAUAACAUUCGUAGCUAAAACUAUUUUCUGACGAUCAAGUGAAUAAUUUUGCGCUCCUUUUUAUUAAGAUGCUGCAUGCUCGACUGCUACAUAUUUUAGUACCCUGCAUGUAUACACUACUGGCCAGAAAUGUCAAUCCAGUUGUACCUAUUACAUCAAACCUCUUGUUCACACUGUUAUUAAUUCGAAGUGAUUCGAAGUGAUUGAUUAAACCUCUUGAGAACCUAAGAACUAAAGAAUUUUCCAAAUCAAAUUGAUAUAUCGUUGAACACGUACGUUCAACGAGAUCGUGCAAAGAUUCCAUGCUUUCGGCCAGUUGUGUACGUACAAAUUAACACAUCGUCGUUGUAAUACGAUUAAUAUAAUUUAUCGUAAUUUCAUUUGUAUCUCUCUGAGACAGAAUCCAGUUUCUUCGACGCGUUAUUCCACUCUUCUAAUUUUGUAUUUAUCUCUCGUGUAUAUGCGAUCGAAACGCGCCACUUCUGCCGUCCAUACGUUUUCCUUACGCGGAGACAUUUUAUUGUAUGUUUUAAGCGAAUAUUGACAAAUAUCCACGUAUAUAAUAUAUACAUAUAUACAUAUAUAUAUAUAUAUUUUUACAGAGAAUAUAUAAGCUCACACGCACGAGCAUACGGUUAGCGCGUAUCAAUUUUUCAUGUACGUGGAUCGUGUAAAAAGAAGACGACGCUGUUGUACAGUAAUUAUACGUAAUGAUACGCGUGAUGAUAAUAUUAAUUAUACGUAUAAACGCAGAUAUACACGCAACGUAUAACACACACUGAGACAUUAGAAAUGUUCGUUAGAAAGUAAAGUAGAUAUAGUCAUGUAAGAAAAAUCGACGGUUCAAUUCAAAUUAAUUCGACGAUAGUUCCCAUAGUAUUAUCUCAUUCUCCAUACUUUAUUCCAUCUGCAAUUUCAUCUCCUGAUUUCUUUUUAUUUAUGUAUACUUUUCUGGUUCGAUAAAAUGAUUACAAACAUGUGAAAAGAUUCGUCAAGAAUAACAAGGGAUGAAUCGUGUUUUGACUAUUAAUAUUAUAUUGCCUAAUAUAUAUAUAUAUAAUAUAUAUUUAAUAUAAAUAUGCGUGCGCAUAUGAUAUCACAGUAAUAUUGAUAUUCCGUGUAUAAUUGUUCGUAAAUGUUGAUUUUAUACAAAAUCUACUGAAAAAAAGAAAAAAAGAAAGAUGAGUAGGUCUUGUAUAAGGAUUGAAUGAGAGAGAAUAUUUGAUGUAUUAUUUCCUUGGAGGAUUCUACGAACAAUCGACAUUUGUAUAUUUUUCAUUUAUCAUUUGUAACGCUUUAUUGUUGCUUUUACGUUCGUUAUCGUUUAUUGUAUCGCUAUAAUGUAUCAGAACUUGUUAUUGUUUUAUAUUUCGAUGUAUUAUACCGACAGGUAUCCGAAAGAAGCAAAAAUGAAAGAAAAGGCAAGAGAAGGAUCUACGUAUACAAAUUUUAGUUCAUUUUUCAUGACUCCGCAGGGGGGUUGAUUUUUCUUUUUUGGUUUGUUUUUUCUAACUAAAACGAAAAUAGACAAAGUGAUCGCAGAAGUGUCAUAGUGUUGUAAACAGCAAAGGAAAAAUUUCGGAAUAAAAUAGAACGUCUAUAACGAUAAGUACAUAUUUCGUAAAGAAAGAAUUUCUCUUUUAAUAUAAGUAGCAUAAUCUCGUAAGCCCUAAGUAAUUGUCAGUAGGAUUUGUACAUAUAGUUUCUAGCGUAUUGCGAUGGUACGUGUACUACUUGCGGUAAAAGAACGUUCUGAAAGACGUUCGUCUUCGAGCGAAUUAGAGAUCGUAAUAUGUAAUUAUACGUAAUUGUAAUGCUGUCGAUGGAAAAAGACGAAUUACACGGAGACAUGUAAUUUUCCAGUGAUAUUUGUACGCGUCGUAUCAUCCGAUCGUCGAUUUCGUUUUACGAAACAAACGCGGGGGAAAGAUCGGUCGUUUGUUGAAACUUGAGGAAAAAUUCGGUAUACACGUUAAUCGAUAAGUUAAUUUACGAUAUUUAAAUAUUUAAAUAUAUUGGUAUCUAUAUUUAUGGAAAUUACCUGGUAAAAUCGAAUCUACGCUAAACCGGAUAUUAAUUUUAGAAUCUCUUCUUCGACGAAUUUUUAACGAUGGCGAAAGCUUUCUUCGUUGAACGCUUUUCUUUUAUUUAUUUCUUUUCGGUGAUCUCUGAAAAUGGCGAAAGCAUAGUUGUUAAAACUCGAGAUAUCGAGUGAAAUUAAUCCUAAUUAUAAUUAAUGUGCAAUUUGAACGAGGUAUAUUAAAAAAAAAAAGAAGAAAAGAAAAGGAAAGAAAGGAUACUUUGAACGUGAUCAAUGAAUAAAUGCAAUUGAACGAUUGA